AUGUCCACAUCCAAUCUGCAGAAAUUAGUUGGAACAAAAUUAAUCACUGAAAUAUUGCGAUGUGAUUCAGUCAAACAAAAAGAUAAGAAUGACUGGAAAGUUUUGGUCAUGGAUCGGUUAGCAACGAGAAUUUUUUCUGCCUCUUGUAAAAUGCAUGACAUCAUGUCGGAAGGAAUUACAAUCGUAGAAGAUAUUAUGAAAAAACGCGAACCACUCGGAAUGCUAGAAGCCGUGUAUUUCAUCCAGCCGAAUGAACAAUCAGUCACUGAGCUUAUGAAUGAUUUCGAUAAACACAAUGCAUUGUUACCUAAGUAUAAAGCUGCACACGUGUUCUUCACUGAAGCAUGCAAUGCAGAUUUAUUUACACGUUUAACUCAAUCGAAAUGCGCGAAAUACAUCAAAACAUUACGUGAAGUGAAUAUCGCAUUUUUGCCUUACGAACGUCAGGUAUUCACACUCGAUUCACCAGAUACAUUUUACAUUGCGUACAACCCAACGUCGACAUCAUUGCGUAACGCACAUCUUGAUGCUAUUGCCGAACAAAUCGCUACAUUAUGCGCGACACUUGGCGAAUAUCCUAAUAUUCGAUAUCGAGGCGAGAAUGAAAAAAUGCUUGAAUUUGCUUAUGCUGUUCAACAGAAAUUAGAUCAAUAUAAAGCUGAUGACGCUACCAUGGGCGAAGGAGCUGAUAAAGCGAAAUCUGUGUUACUGUUAUUGGAUCGUGGUUUUGACGCCGUAUCACCAUUACUUCAUGAAUUGACAUAUCAAGCAAUGACAUAUGAUUUAUUAAAGGUUGACAAUGAUGUUUUCGAGUAUGAUGUUCAGACACCUACAAGUGAUCAAGCCAGUACUACUGGACAAAAGCAAAAAGUCAUCUUAGAUGAGAACGACGAACUUUGGACAGAACUACGUCAUCAACAUAUUGCUGCUGUGACACAGAGUAUUACAAAGAAAAUCAAAGAUUUUGCAGUGCAAAAUCGUGUUAAAGAUGCCGAACGUGGAGAACGUACAACCAUGAGAGAGCUUUCAUUAAUGAUCAAGAAAAUGCCGCAGUAUCAAAAAGAAUUGAAUGCGUAUGCACUUCAUUUCAUCAUUGCUGAGCAAUGUAUGAACAAAUACAAUCGAGAAGCAGUGGAAAAGCUAUGUUCCGCUGAACAGAAUUUAGCAAUGGGCACUGAUCCCGAAGGCGAACGUAUCAAAGAUCAUAUGCGUAAUAUUGUGCCAUUGUUACUCGAUACAUCCAUUGCUAUCGACGAUAAAAUACGUGUCAUAAUGCUAUAUAUUUUACAGAAAAACGCUUAUUGUUGUUCACCGCCUGAGAUGUACGAAAUGCAAUUAUUCGAUUUAUUCGUUUCGUGUUUAGGUGUUACGGAAGAAAACUUGGAUAAACUAUUGAGUCAUGCAAUCAUUCCGGUUCCAAAGAAAACUUUAAUUACAAAUCUACAAUAUCUCAAUUUGCAAAUUACUCAAGAUCAAAAUCGAGCUGGACGUCGGAAAAACAUUCCGCUGGGCAGAAAAGAACGUUCAGAUUCGACGUAUACUAAUUCUCGAUGGGUACCUUAUGUCAAAGAUAUCAUGGAGGAUGUCAUCGAGGAUAAACUCGAUAUUCGACAAUUUCCAUCAAUCAGUACCCAAAGAAAUCCGACAGCUGCGUAUUCAGCUCAGAGUUCACGAGGCUUUGGUGGUUGGAUGAACGGCCGUAAAGUUGCGGCUUACAAUGGUCCACGUUUAAUUGUUUUCAUACUCGGUGGUGUUGCUUACAAUGAACUUCGUUGUGCGUAUGAAGUAACACAAAGUAAUCUGAAAAAAUGGGAGGUAUUCAUCGGUAGUGAUCAUAUCUUAACUCCAAAAGGGUUCCUACGUAAUCUUGAAAUGAGAUUACGAGAUCCUAAUGAACAACGAGACAAACGACGAUUUAUCUUUUCUAUUUAUUCAAAUGAUUGUUUUGUCGAUUUCAACUUAUCCGAGAAUGCUUGUCUUCUUUUCUAUUUCACUUGGCUUAGUACAUAUCAUUGA